UUAUUUUUAUAAUUGUAUUAGGCGCUAAAAAAAUAAAGUAUUAUAAUUCGGAUUUUCGGAUCGGAUCCAAAUAACCGAAUUGUAAUUCAGAUUGGAUCGGAUUGGAUCAAGAGAGAAAUUCGGAUCGGAUCGGAUUGGAAAAUUGAAAACCGAAUUAUAUUUCGGAUUGGAUCGGAUUUGGACUAAAUCCAAACCGAAAACCGAACGGACACCCUUAGUUUGUGUAUUAUCAGAUUUAAAUUCAGAUUUCUGUAUUAAUUUCUUGUUCAGUUGUUUUGCUUAUUUUGAUAGUUGUAUGAUUUCCAUGUUAUUUUUGGUUCAGGUUAUUGCUUUGGUAUUUCUAUUUUAUUGUUUUAGUUAUGUUUAUUGUGGAACAAUCUUAGAUAAUUGUAGAUUUGUUCCAUGAUUUAUUGCUCGUACAGUUAAGGAGAAUGGUCAAGAAUGAUUUAUUAGAAGUAGUUUUGCUUCUAAUUGUGGAUUUAAUAAUUUUUUAAAAAAAUUAAAUGUUGUGUAGGAGUUCUUUGGUGAUUAUUGAUUGCUUUUUACAAGAACAAUUCAUCCGUCGAAAAUCGCAGUUUGUUGGUCAUGGCGGAAGUGAUGUACCUUAUUGCAGUUCCAUUUCAGCCAUUAUUGGAACAGAUUACUGACUGUGUUGGACUUGGAAAACCAGUUUAUCAGAUUACUGAUUUUCUUGGAAAUAAGGUAUCUGUUAAGAUUCAGUCAAAGAGUGGUAAUGAGGAUUAUGUUUAUGAUGGUGGUGAGUGUGGAAAACUAAAGAGAUCUGCUGAAAAAGCUGCUGAACUGGCAAUACAUGGCCUCAUGGAUUUGUAUGAUGUGGCUGUUGAAGAUUUUACUGUUGAACAAAUUCGGUCUUACAAAAGAUGUGCUACUUUGCUCCGAAUGAAGAGACGUCCACUGGGAAUUAGUGAUGGUAAUGAAGCCCUUGGGGCAAAUCAGAGUCUCCUUGCUACUGGAUCUGGUUUGCCUAUGCAUAGUGUUACUUUGGAAUACAAGCUAUUUCUGAAAACUAUUCUCAGGCGUACCAGUGCUGCCAUUUCACCAAUUAUGACUCUUGAGUUCAGUGGUGAGCAUUAUUUUUCAUGGACUAUGGUCACUUUUCCACCAAGUGAAGAACUUCCUGAGUGUAUCUUUGGAGAUACCCGUCCUGAAUGUGAAGCUGCUGAGUAGAAUCUGGCUAGAAAUAUUAUUUAUUUCUUGCUUUACAACUUUAAUUUUUAUAUUGUUGAUGCCAAUUAUGGUCGAAGUGCCCUGCAAACUACUUUGUCUAUGCUUAACAAUGAAAGGGACCUAAUUGAGAAGGGUAUCAAAAGUCGUGCUGAAAAAUUUGGUGAAGUGGUGUCUUCCUCUGUGACUCCUAAAGGCAAGGAAUCAUAAAUUCCUUCUCAGAUUGCUGUUCCGCCUCCUCCGAAAAAACGUCAUUCUAGGCCAUCAUUUGGAGCUGUUUCAUCAUCUGGAGAAUCUUCUGCCAGGGUUCUGCGUAGUGUACCUGGGGAGCUAGAACUUGUAUUUAAGCGCAGGAAAACUGAGUAGGACUAUGGCAUUGUUGCUUAUCUUCCCUGAUUUUGUGAAGAGAUAGUGGGCUAUGGAUAUCUUUUGUAUUUUGGUUCUUGUGAAGAAGUAUUGGGAAGAAGGCAUCUGAUCUUUAGACUACUGAGUAAUAUUAGUCUUUGUUUAUGUGUAGUAGGAUAUGUUUGCCACUCUCUUCCAUGUUUCUGGUUUAAAGAGAGUUGGCCAUUGGAUUAAAGGAUGGCUUUGGAAUUGUAAUUUUGAAUUCCUGUUGGGAUUUUAAAUAUAAUGUAGGUAUUCUAAGUGUGGGUCUAGGAUUGUAAACUAAGCUGUUUUGUAAUGCAGUAUGUGCUCAGUAUUAUGAACUAAGCACUUUAGUAAUGUAAGGCUUUUGAAAUAU